UGCGGGGCGGCCGGGCGGGCAGGGAUGGCGGAGCAGUGGGAACUGGACGAGGAGGGCAUUCGCCGCCUGGGGGCGCUGAGUCUGGAGCAGCCCGAAUUGGUGGAGUCUCUUUCAUUGCAGGGAUCUUAUGCUGGAAAAAUCCAUUCCAUUGGUGAUGCCUUCAGAAAUUUUAAAAACCUCCGAUCCUUAGAUUUAUCAAGAAAUUUGAUCACUAGCCUGAAGGGCAUCCAGUGUUUAUGUUCACUCCAAGACCUGAAUUUGUAUUAUAACAACAUUCCUUCGUUAGUGGAGGUGUCCCGCCUACAGCCUUUAUCCUUCCUCAAAGAACUAGAUUUGAGACUCAAUCCUGUUGUCAGGAAAGAUACAGAUUAUAGGCUUUUUGCUGUGUACACGCUACAAACUCUGGAGAAACUGGAUGACCGAGCCGUACGAGAGAGUGAGAGAAAAGCUGCCAAGCUGCAUUUUAGUCAGUUGGGCAACAGUGAAAAUUUUCUUUUAGAGGUGGAAAAAAGCUCCAGGGAGAAGACAAUGAAAAACUGUGUGACAGAUGAAAGCUGUGUAUCAAAAGUCAGUACAAAUGUUGAUAACAGGAUUGAAACUGACUCAAACAAAGGAUUGUUUAUUCCCUUCCCCAGCCGGGAAAUAAAGGAUUCCCUAAUGAGCACUUCUGCAACCCAAUGCAACGGUAUACCAGAUCAGAAAUUAGACCCUUUUUCUCUGGGGACACAGAUGCAGGAAGUGGCAAGAAGGGAGGUGCCAUGUGAUAAUCACCAGCAAGAUGAAUUCAGACACUACUCGCCUCGCCAGUCCACAGUCCGAUCCCCAGAGAAGAUGGCUAGAGAAGGGUACCGAAUGUCUUUUGUGGACAAUAAGUCUUCUGGUUCUUCUCCAGAAAAGAACGUGAUACCAAAACCUGAUACUUAUCAGCUUACCCAUGAUGCCUUAUUGGGUAAACGCCUGGAUGUGGGUGAUUCUAGCCAGAUUCAUCCCUAUCAGUUACCUUCGGAUGUUGGUCUGGAAAAUUAUUCUCAAACUCUAUCCCUGCAUGGAAGUCUUGGUAAAAGGCCUCAGAGAAGCAAGAACUACCACGAAUACAGCAUAAAGCCUUCAAAUGACGUGAAGGCUACUACAUCCCAUUCCUGUGGAGAUUUACUGACCUCUCUGUCAAAUCCUGACUCCAGCACAGAAAGGCUUUUGAAACUUAGUUCAGAUCUGUAUGCCACAACCCAUUUCAACAGUGACCCUGCUAUGCUGGUCAAUGUAGAGCAACAGUUACCCACAAGCCUCGGGGAUUUAAGGCCAGCACAUGGUUCUUUCCCAAACAACUCCGUCCUGGGAGACUCUCUACGCACACUGCUGUUGCCUACUGCGACUUCAGAAAACAGAGAGAGUUUGACCAAGAGGUCAUUAAGCCCAACGAGGAGAGGAUUCAAACGAAAAGACAAUAUCCUUGCCACACUGAAUCCAAAGCACGGUUUCAGAGAUGCUACCUGCAGCGAGCCUCUCUCUAGUGACCUGGGCAGUUUGCAUGGUUUGCCAGGAAACCACAGUCCCCAGAUCUCUGCCAGAACCUCCCAUGUGGCCACUGUCCUCAGACAGCUCCUGGAGCUUGUGGAUAAGCACUGGACCGGCUCUGGCUCCCUCCUCCUUAACAAGAAGUUUCUGGGUCCUGCCCGAGAUUUGCUUCUGACUUUGGUAGUCCCUGCUCCCUCUCAGCAGUGGUGUCGCCCACAUCCUGAAGACGCAUCAAAAGCCUUGCGCAGGAGGGAGAUGGAACUGAAGGAGGCUGGGCAGGUGGUCCCUAAUGACAUGGAAAGUUUGAAGCAAAAACUGGUCAGAGUGCUGGAGGAAAACCUCAUUUUAUCAGAAAAAAUUCAGCAGUUGGAGGAAGGUGCUGCCACCUCAGUUGUGAGUGGGCACCAGCCCCACACUUAUGAUGAUCUUCUGCGCAAAAACCAACAGCUGAACAUGCAGGUGGCUUGCCUGAACCAGGAGCUUGCCCAGCUGAAAAAGCUGGAGGAGACAGUAUCCCUUCUCCAUGAAAGUCAGAGAUCCCUGGUGGUAACUAAUGAGUAUCUGCUGCAGCAGCUGAAUAAAGAGCAAAAAGGUUAUUCUGGGAAAGCACUCCUGCCUCCUGAGAAGAGCCAUCAUCUGGGAAGAUCAUCACCCUUUGGGAAAAGCACGCUGUCAUCCUCCUCACCAGGGGCACAUGACACGGGUCAGUAUCUAAUACAGAGUGUCUCAGACUCUGUCCCAGAGCCUAGUUUAUGGAGCUAGCACUGAACACCUUCUCCGCAGCUUCCCUCCCAGCCACGGGGGGCUCUCAGUGUCAUUGCCACCAGUACGGUGGUAUUUACCUGCAAUAUGAAGAAAAAAACCUAU